AUGACCAAUUUGUUACUUCAGGAUCCCUUUUCUGUUCUUAAGGAGUAUCCUGACAAGCUUACACACAGUUUGGAGAACCCUUUGCACACCGAAUGUGUUCGUUUUAGCCCCCGUGGUGACUAUUUAGCGCUAGGUUGUUCAAAUGGAGGUGUGAUAAUCUACGAUAUGGAUACUUUUAGACCCAUCUGUGUAUUGGGGAAUAAAAUGGGGGCACAUAUGAGAUCUGUACAGUCAAUUUCAUGGUCAUCAGAUGGGAAGUAUCUAUUAACAGGCUCGAGGGACUGGUCUGUAAAAUUAUGGGACCUAGCUAGCGCCGGACAACCUUUGAAACAAGUUCGUUUUGAUUCUCCCAUUUGGAAUUGCCAAUGGGUAAAUGCAGAUCAAUUUACUUGUGUGGUAACGGUUUUAGAAGAGAGUAGUGCAUUUUUAAUUUAUUUUGCCCAUGAUCAACCGCUGGUACGAACAUUACACGGAAAUGAAAAUAAUGAUGAUCAUGGGUACGUUUUGACUUCCACUGUUCAUACAAAAUUUUCUGAUAUCAUUUUUACGGGGACUUCUAAAGGUUGGAUCAAUGUGUAUCAACUUUGCAAAGGAGAAAGUGAAUCGAAUGUCGCUCAAAUGCUGAAAGGUCUGAAGGUGGCCAAUGCCAAUAUUAAACAUGUCAUUGUAUCUCAACAAGGUGAUAAGAUCGCUGUUAAUUGUUCAGAUAGAUCCAUUAGACAGUAUGCUUUUACGUUAACCGCGGAUCGCUCCUCUGUAGAAUUGGAAUUAGAACACAAGUACCAGGAUGUGAUUAACAAGUUACAGUGGAAUAGUAUUUUUUUCAGUAAUAAAGCUGCGGAAUAUCUUGUGGCCUCUACGCAUGGUUCAUCCGCGCACGAAUUGUAUCUUUGGGAAACUAGUUCAGGUACCCUAGUUCGUGUUUUGGAAGGUUCUGAAGAGGAAUUGAUGGACAUUGAUUGGAAUUUCUACAAAAUGUUCAUUGCUAGUAAUGGUCUUGAAUCUGGUGAUGUUUACAUCUGGUCCAUAGUAAUCGCCCCCAAAUGGAGUGCUUUAGCUCCAGAUUUCGAAGAAGUGGAGGAGAAUGUGGAUUAUCGGGAAAAAGAAGAUGAAUUUGAUCAAAUCGAUGAAUUAGAGCAACAAGAAGAGUUAAAUCAAGCAGAAGAAGUUGAUAUCGAUUUAAGAACUAGAGAACAAUUUGACGUUAGAGGUAAUGAUUUGUUAGUCGCUCAAUUCACUAUUCCGACGGAUUACGAACGUAUACUGACCCUCAAGGCGGCUAAACUGGCACAAGAUUAG